AUGAGAAGAACAGCUGCCACUCGCGCCGUCCAGACCACUACUUCGUUCACCCGCACUGCCGCGGGUGCGCGUUCGCUCUUUACUCUGAACGACCCGCCGUACCUGAAGACCGGCCUGACGCCCGCCAUCUCGGCCAACACCCUCAACUUCCACUUCAACGGCCACCACAAGGCCUACCUCAACAAGACCAACGACCUCAUCAAGGGUACCCCGCUGGAGAACAAGAGCCUGGAGGACGUGAUCCUGGUGGCCAAGACGACCAACAACGCCGCCCUCUUCAACAACUCGGCCCAGCUGUGGAAUCACUCGUUCUACUGGGACUGCAUGGCCCCUGUCGGCGAGACCGGCGAGAUCUCGGCCGAGCUGGAGCAGCUCAUCAAGGAGUCCUUCGGCAGCGUCGCCGAGUUCAAGAAUAAGUUCACCGACAGCGCUGUGGCCAACUUUGGCAGCGGCUGGACCUGGCUGGUGAACAUCAACGGUAAGCUGGAGAUCCAGAACACCUCAAACGCCGAGUCCCCCGUCACCCUCCGCGUGAAGCCCCUCCUCACCCUCGACGUCUGGGAGCACGCCUACUACCUCGACCACCAGAACCGCCGCCCCGAGUACAUCAACAAGUGGUGGGACGUCGUCAACUGGAACUUCGUCAACAAGCAGCUGAAGCAGUAA